CCGGAGCGGAUGCUGCACUUCCACCUUCUACCAGCAGGUGCACUUUGAGGGCAUCGGUGUGAUGGGAGAAGUCUCCAAAUGACGCGGGUGGAGCAGCAGAUAGCCCCCACCCUGCCCUGUCUGCUGGCCGAUAACACACAGCAGGGAAACAAACACAACCCUGACUACUCCACCACCACGCCACGUCUUCUCCACGCGCACGGAACCCGGAAAUAAUGGUUGAUUUUACGCAGGCGUUUGUCUCGCGCUGUGAACCCGACCUGCGUCGUUAAGUCGUCUCUGGCUCUGGAUCUCCAGCUGUGAGCUGUCUGCACAGCGAUGCUCUCCAAGAGGCAGAAAGACCUAAUAGCGGAAAUAUGGGAAGGGUUGAUCUCUGUGGCAGACGACAUUGGAGCAGACGCGCUGCUCAGGAUGUUCGCCUCCUUCCCCGGGACCAAGACCUACUUCUCCCACCUGGACAUCAGCCCCCGCUCCCCCCACCUGCUCUCUCACGGGAAGAAGAUCGUGCUGGCGAUAGCAGAGGGGGCCAAAGACAUCGACCAGCUGACCGUCACGCUGGCUCCUCUGCAGACGCUGCACGCCUACCAGCUGCGGAUAGACCCGACCAACUUCAAGCUCUUCUCACACUGUAUGCUCGUGAGCCUGGCGUGUCACAUGGGGGAGGACUUCACUCCGGAUGCGCACGCGGCGAUGGAUAAAUACCUGUCGGCGUUCGCGGCCGUGCUCGCCGAGAAGUACAGAUGACGAAGGACCGGGAAUAUUUAUUUUUGUGUAGUUGUUUGAAUGCAAUAUUUUGUAAUAAAAUGUGCAAUGAACUCC